UUUAACCGCUAAAUUUUUGUCUUGAAUAUUAACAAGUAAUUUAUGAUUAGAAAUACCUUUUUACGCCUUAAUUUUAGAACUAAAACAGCUUUAUUUCCUUUUCUUCCUCAAUUAUCCUUUUUGAACUCUAAAAAAAGGCCAAUUUGGAUACAAUCUGAAAAAACUCCUAAUGAAAACGCAAUUAAAUUCAUUCCUGGCGUUAAUAUUCUACCUGAAUCCUUUAAAUCUGUUGAAUAUUUGAAUAGUAAACAGGCAAUAUCUUCACCUCUUGCAAAAAAGCUUUUUGCUAUUGAUGGUGUUAAAUAUGUGUUUUAUGGACCUGAUUAUAUAACUAUUACAAAACAUCCUGAGAAUGAAUGGAGCCCUCUUAAACCAGAGAUCUUUUCUAUUAUUAUGGAACAUAUAAGUUCUGGUCAACCUAUUUUUUUACCACAAAAACAUGAUUUAGAUUCAAAUAUAAAGACUCAAGAAGAUGAUUCAGAAGUGGUUUCUAUGAUUAAGGAAUUAUUAGAAACACGCAUUCGUCCUGUUAUUCAAGAAGAUGGGGGAGAUGUUGAAUAUAAAGGUUAUAAUAAUGGAAAGGUUCUUCUUAAACUUAAGGGCGCUUGCAAAACAUGCAAUUCAUCUGUUAUGACUUUAAAGAAUGGUAUAGAAAACAUGCUUAUGCAUUAUAUACCCGAUGUAAAAGGAGUUGAACAUGUAAUGGAUAUAGAAGAAGAAGUAAGCAUCAAAGAAUUCGAAUAUUUCGAGAAAACAAAAUCUUCAUAAUACUAAUA